UCUAAUUACUAUUUAGACCUGCACUUUUAGCUGCACUAUGUUACACUUUUUGCAUUCGGAUAUUUGCACUCGCACUUCCAGAAAUCGCGAUAUGUUCAGUUGGUUCGGAAAAGGACGCUGUGCGGAAGUUCGUUAAAGCGUCCCGCGGUUUCCCGCGAUUUCGACUCGCCGAAGUCGCGUAUUAUUGUUGUCGGGAGUUGUCAUGCAUCGUCAGAAAAGAAGAAUAUCAUUAGACAGUCACCAAAAGCGGAUAGCUCGCGGUACGAGCUCAUCGGGAGUGCCGAACGAAAUCUCGCGCGUUCGUUCCGUUAUGGUGGCUUGUGAUUCGAAUCGCUACCCUGAACGUUUUCGACUCACGAAAAGAGUCUCGCGAGAGAAUUAUCGCCGGAAUGCCAAAAUAAGACUCGUACGUUUGUUACAGCGAGGUAUUGUUAGGUAGCGGGUAUCUCACGUAACGGUCGUCGUUCGAGACGCCGUGUGAAGUAUGGCGCCUAUUGAGAUACUUGAAUAUCUCAAUCGUUACGAUGUUCAGCUGACUAGAAAAACGGUCUACUACGUACGCAGCAGUCGUACGUUCGAGAAGUCGUUACGAAUUUAUUGUGAUUUCGGCUCGCGACAGGCGAGUUCGCGCGUGAAUCGUCGGGAGUGCCGAAAAUAAGUGUCGCGCGUUCGUUGUGGAAGAAUGUCGUGAAAUAACCACCGAGGGUGUAUAUAUCGUCGACCUGCCUACCGAAAGCACCGAAUAAAAGCUCGUACGUUCGUCCUAUUACGGUGGCGCCGAAUUCAAGUGGCUGCGUUUUUACGCUUUUAUCUAACGGUCUCGCAGGGAUUAUCGCCGAGAACGCCGAAAGCUUCGUGCGUUUGUCGUGCAAAACAUCAGUGAAUCGCCGGCGAGAGUGGACAUUUCGUGAAUCUGACUGUUGUGAAUACUGAACAGACGCAUUCGUUAGGCUAGGUUAUGGCAGCUCAGAGUAAAUCUUCAGAUAGCUGGUCUCCUCUCUCGACUCGCCGAAGGAAAAGUCGAACACACGAUUUAAUUGAGAAAAAAUGGCCACGCUCGAACCAGGUAUAUCACUCGUCGCUCGAGAAGAUGUCAACUGGAGGAAAGAUUUAAUUUCGCAGCUACGUGAAAGGAACAGAUCUCAAACUAAUUGCUUCGCGGAUCUCAUUAGUUUACACAAUAGAUUAUUUGAAAGUGCAAACACAUUGCGUGGUGCUAAUAUGCAAUUGACAAUAGCAAAUGAAACCCUUCGUCGCGAGGUAGCCAGUGGUAAUGUCGGUAUAGGUGGAAAUCCGGAUCUUGAGGCAAGACUCCUAAAACAAGCGGAAGAAUUAGCGAUGCUGCAUAAAAGGAAAGGAGAACAUACGCAACAAAUAGUAGAUCUUAAUAACAAACUGCAAGAAAUGACAAAAGAACUUCAUGUGAAGGAUGUCAGUCUUGCAGAAAGUUUGGAAGUUAAUGCUAACCUACGUAUAGAAAUAACUAAAUGCCUUGGCAAAGAAAAAGAAUUAGAAGGUGUUAAUCAGAUGCUCAAAGAUGAACACCAAGCUUUGCAACUUGCGUUCGCAUCCUUAGAGGAAAAACUUAGGAAAACACAGGAAGAAAAUCGGCAGUUGAUUGAGCGGCUAAUAAAAUACAAAGCCAGAGAUGCAGAAAAGAUGAAUGAGGAGAACGAUAAUUUUUUGAGAAAGAGGCAAGCAAAGAUGCAGAAAGAGUUAGAAGAUGCAGCACGAGACACACGACCCAUCAGUCCUGAUCGUUCGAGUUUAAAAGAAGGAAUCGCUGGUCUUCCAACAGCAGUGCCAACGAAUGUAUCUGUAACGUUUAGUGCCCAUGACGGUGAAGUUUACGCUGUUAAAUGGUCGCCUACCGAUAGAAUCUUACUGGCUACUGGUGGUGCUGAUAGAAAAGUGAAGCUUUGGAACAUUGCCAAGGGUACAUCCGAGAGCAAGGGCAUCCUAGUCGGCAGCAACGCUGGUGUGAUGUCGGUGGACUUCGAUUCGACUGGCACUCUCAUCCUCGGAGCGUCGAACGAUUACGCGAGCCGCGUUUGGACGGUCAGUGAUCUUCGCUUAAAGCACACGCUCACGGGCCACUGCGCAAAGGUGAUGGCGGCGAAGUUUCUUGGCGAGCCGUCAAAAGUAGUUACCGGAAGUUAUGAUCGCACCCUAAAAAUCUGGGACCUGCGCAGCAAAGCAUGCAUAGAGACGAAAUUCGCCGGAUCGAGUUGCAACGACCUCGUAACUUCCGACGGGGCUGGCUCCACGAUAAUCAGUGGUCAUUUUGAUCAAAGGAUCAGGUUUUGGGACACCCGGGCGGAAUCCAGCUCGAACGACAUCUUACUGGAGGGGAAGGUUACAUCCUUGGAUUUAUCCCGCGACGCGAACUACCUGCUGAGUUGCGUAAGGGAUGACACGGUGAAGUUGAUCGAUUUGCGAAUGAAGAAAAUCGUCGGAUCUUUCAGUGCCGAUGGUUUCAAAGUGGGCUUCGAUUGGGCAAGAGCUGCUUUUAGCCCCGACGGGCAGUACAUAGCAGUGGGUUCCGCGGACGGGUCCGUUUUCAUCUGGUCCAUAGCAACGAACCUGAUCGAAACAGUGCUCAAAGGGCAUACAGCGACGGUGACGGCGGUGUCUUGGCAUCCGCACGGCACUUACCUGGCGUCCGUGGAUCGCACCAAGACAGUGACGGUUUGGGGCGAUCAUGUUUGACAGUACGAGUGAUCCCGGCGCAGGCGAUUGUUGUUUCACGCAUGAAGAACAUCUCGCGCCUGUUUCGCCCUCGCGCUUCUCGCGAAAAUGAGGCGGACGCGAUCCAGCAAUCCAGUGGGAAAUCACAGCGCAGCGGCCUGGCGGCCCGGUGCAGCAGGAGGAGGAUAUAAUCAAAAUCAUUGGACGGUUUGGCCGCGCGGGUUGUAAAGCCUUGUAAGGACGCCGUUCCGAAGCUGUAAAGGCAGCGGAGAUGUGCCGCGCUGAACAAAUCCACCAGCGGUAGGGACUAUUGUACAUAAAACUGCACUUAUUGUUACCCCCGGGUUGUAAAGAUCCCCUUUUUAGAAUAGUGCGGUGCGCGCCGCGCGCGCACACCGUCUCUCGUCCUCCGACGCCCCGCGGAAAAUUUCAGAUAUUACCGUAGUUUUACUCGCCCGAGAUUCGCUAGGUAUAACGCUUCCCCGCUAACCACCAGGAGACACACUCGCGGCACCGUCAAUCGCACGUUGCGGCUCGAUCGACCGCUUUCGGGGAACCGGAGGUUCACACCGGUGCGGAAUCGUCCGCAAAGCGUUCGCCCAUCCGUGUAUUCGUUACAAUAUUAACCUUAUACAUACGACCUUAUACCAUACAUAUACGCAGAUCUAUGUACCAAAAUUAUACCACUUUAUUUACCCUUCUUUUUUUUUUUUACCGAGAUGUCGAUUACCGAGACACUUCGUAGAGGACGUUGUUCGGCGGAUCCGCGCACGAACACGCGACGAAAAGCGAAUUAACAGGAGAAGAGAAUUAACUGUCCGUAUAACUGAAAUUUCAUAGCGGUGUUUACAGUCUGAUGUUAUGUUUAAGAUCGUCUUUAAGUUCAUUUUCGGAAGUCCCGUAGCCGAUAAAAUGAGCCGUGUAACAUCUGAAGGUGAACCUUAACUACCGGAUGUAGUUUUGAGUUGCAGGGGCUAAAAAUGAAGAAUUGAAUUAACUAAAUUUCAGUCGCAUCAUGCGGACAGCUAAUUUUUCCCCGUGGGGGGGGGGAGGGGGUGAUCCUUUCUUUCCGGGUUCGCGCGGGAUCUGAGGUGACGCGUGAGCGAGACGUCCGUACAAACGCGCGCUGCGUCUCAACGAGAUUACUUCAUUAGGCAGUCAAGUGUCGCGAUCGGAGGCAAUUUGCGAAUUGGCGGCUUCAUUCACACGCCCGGAUAUACGUUUCUAACGCGCUGGGAGUCCAAUUGGACGACGUCGAAAGAUCUGUCCCGUCUUUUCUUUCACAUCACUUCUUCUUGUUUGUUUAUCGGCGUGCGAAAUCAAUUCCGCCGGAGCAAUCUCUCAUUCUCGGACCCGCGGCCACACCCGUCGUGUUCCGCGUGUUCGACUCGUCAGCCUGCUCAGGUGUCAGGAUUCUUCGACACGUCGGUGAAACUCCCGCGCCUCGAAGGCGAGUCCGACGUGGAACGGAGAUCGGAAUGUAUUUAGGAGAACCUGUCCUGCGAUACUGAUAUCAACUAAUCGCGUUGUUACGUCGUUGUUUUGCGUGGAACAUCGCCGAUCGAGUUGAUAAGCGCGACGAUCGGCUAAUCGAAACUGUUCACGUGCGCUCGUGAUUUUUAUCGCGAAGCGCGUUAUCGGAUAUCGAGUCUUCGCAGGAUCCGAUUUCGAGGGCUCCGCACGGUGUAACGCUGUAAUAAUCUGUAAUUCCCGAAACGUCGGAUUCUUCCGCGACUUUUCGUUCUCCUCUUUCUUUCUUGUUUUGCGCAACGAAUCGCAUUCUCUUCGGCGGACGGACACGGCAUGCGAAGAUACCGGGCGACAAGUCGACUUUCCGAUCUCUCGAUCUCCAACGUUUCGGAUUCUUGAACUUUUAGCACUUUUGAUAACUCCUCGUUUUAAUGUUACAUCGCGCCUACCUGCGAGCAAUAAGACACGCACUCGUCUGAUUUUACGCGUUUCGUUAUGCAGCUUUUCCUCUCGCGGGCGACCCUUUUAUUCGGGCUCGCGUAGCUCCUCGGUCGCCCCAUCGCGUGUACUUCAAGACGACGGUGUGUCCACGAAGCAGCGAGAUUUCGAUUGGAACUCAGGUGCGCCGUUCCGACUCAUAUUGUAGGAUAUAAUUUGUUUGUUUAACGCGUUUAUAUACACCGUAUAGUCCAGUCGCCGGAUACUUACGACGGUUCUCCUGCUUGCGAAUCGUGAGAAACGUUUGAUUAUUGUACGAGGGGGGAGAAAAAUUGAUUAUUGGUUUGCGCGCGAUAAUUAAUGGGAAGCCUUGCCUUCUAAGGAAAGAAGAAACACGAACUCGUUUACAUUCUCGUCGAAUGAGAACGUCACGAACGGCGGACGUUACCAACUUCUGAAUCGCAGUUCACACUAUGCGCUCUAUGACGCGCAUAUUUCUCAACUGAAACUAAUAUAACCGAAACUUAUCGUUUAAUUUCCGCGUUUCGACGUAAUUGAUUUCGAAUAUUCCUCCACGUUGCGACAAGCAGCGCGUCCCUUCUGAUAACGCGGACCAAUGAUCAUUCUUCUUCCCUCGUCAUUGCGAUGACAAUUACCGGCUCGCAUCUCGAGCGAACAACUGAUUGCGUCCAAAGUAUUGCGUAACAAUUUUAACACCGUACACACACGUAGACCUCAGUUCGACUCGACUAUUAAGCCACAGCAUCUCUCUUUUUCUCUAUAUAUUGCAAUGUAUAUAACAGGCAUGCCGCAUACAUCGGUCACAUAUGUAAAUAGAUUAUAUUAAACGUUUCCGUCUUGUAUUUUCUAAAA